UCACCCAGUGUGUUUUCUUACCAAAAGGAACAUAAAAACAAAAAUGCAUCAUGAUCGGAGGAACUUUUCAUUUUUGGGGGAAACUGAUGCACCCUAACACACACACACACACACACACAUUUUCUGCGUCUCUGUGAUGUUUUCACAUGAACAAAUCAUUAAAGUAAUGAAAAAUAAGAGAUAAUGGAAACCGAUGGCCACCAGUUUAUCAUGGAGCACACUGAACUAAUUAUUAGUGUGUGUGUGUGUGUGUGUGUGUGUGUUUAGGGUGUUAGAAUAGGGUGUGUGAUCAAGGUCUAGCUCCUCCUCUCUGACUAUAAGACACACACACACACGCCCGUCUCUCAGUGGAAGACGAACUACAGUGUCUGCAGCCGUCAUGACACACACUUGGCAUGGAGUCACACCUGCACUACAGUCUUGUGAUAAGCUGCAGGUGUCCACAUGCACUCGUGUGUGUCCUGUGCAGGUGCUGUGUUGGAGGAGUGUGUGUGUGUUGUACACUCUGUUGGUGUGUGUGCUGCUGCCUGAAUUCGCUCACUCAGCAAAACCUCGGUGUGGCGUGGAGCUCAUCGCAGAUCUUCAGCUUGUGUGUGGAGAUCGCGGAUUUUAUAGAGGUCAUCCUGGAGCAGUGAGGAACGCAAGUCCACGCCGCAGAGGGAAAGGAAUCGUGGAGCAGUGCUGUAUAAAAGGAUGCGACCUGCAGCAUCUGGAACAUUACUGCGCCAAACCGAAGCGAGAGCGACGACACACAGGACACACACCGUCCACAACACACACUGAGGAUCAGUUCUGGAAGAUGUUUCUCAGACGAUAUGAGAAGAACCAGUUUGAAAACAAACCAGAGAAAUACUUGGAAAAGCUCCAAGAGCGAAUGCUGUACCACAGGAAGUUUGGAGACGUAUCACUGCCGUGUGUUACACGCAGAAAAAUCCCAAAAUUUUCUCAGCACUUAAAGCACCAAAGAAAACGGCAUAACUGAGAAGAACUUUUUUUUUUCAAAAACUCAGACAAGCAAAUGAAACAUGGAUAGCAUCAAUGAGAAAUAAAUAUUCAUUAAGCUCAUUUAAAUGUAUAUGAAUAGAUAAUUAAGCUAAUGCUAAUAAGCAAUUAUCCUUGAACGUGGCCUUUAUUUUGUGUUUAUUCAGACGCAGUAUCAUGUAGCACAGAUUUUUUUUAAAUGAAUGUUAAGUCAAUCACAAUCAUAUCAGUUAGAUAGAUAAAUAGAUAAAACUUUAUUGAUCCCUUUGGGAGGGUUCCCUCAGGGAAAUUAAAAUUCCAGCAGCAUCAUUACAGAAUAAACAGAGAAUAGAAAAUAGAGAAAACUUCUAGAUAAAUUAAGUAUUUACAUA